AUGCUGGCCAUCCCCGGAGGCAUGGCCGGAGCGCCGCUGGUGCAGCCCACCAUCGGGCCGGCGAUGCCGUCGGCCUUGAAGGCCUCCCAGAUGACUGCCGCCCAGGCCGCCGCCGUGGGCGCGGUGAUGUCCUCCAAGUCCUCGGCCCCGCAGAAGGCGGCGGGCACGCUGCUGCGCAAGGCGUCGGGCAAGAUCUGGCGAGACCCCACGCUGGACGACUGGCCGAAGGACGACUACAGGCUCUUCUGCGGAGAUCUGGGGAAUGAGGUCACCGACGACCUCCUCGCCAAUGCCUUCCGAAAGUACAGCUCCUUCCAGAAGGCGAAGGUGAUCCGUGACAAGCGCACCGGCAAGACCAAAGGCUACGGCUUCGUGUCCUUCUCGGCGCCCGAGGACAUGGUCGCCGCCCUGCGAGAUGUGAACGGGAGGUACGUCGGUAACAGACCCGUGCGGCUAAAGAAGAGCAGCUGGAAGGAUACCGGACAAGAGCAUCGACUCGGAUAA